AGGCGAGAAGUUGCGCUCGGGCCGCGGGCGGGAGCGGACACCGAGGCGGGCGUGCGGGCGUGCGGGCGUGCGGGACCAGGGCGCCAAGGACCCGGCCGGGAGCGAGGAGGCGGCAUGGAGAGUGUGGAGCCUCGCGCCUGCCUGGCCCUGCUGUGGGGCUGCUUGCUGGCCGCGGCCGCUGCGGCGCAGGGCAAGGAAGUUGUACUGUUGGACUUCGCCGAAGCUAAAGGGGAACUCGGCUGGCUCACGCACCCAUACGGCAAAGGGUGGGACCUGAUGCAGAACAUCAUGGACGACAUGCCCAUCUACAUGUACUCUGUGUGCAACGUGGUGGCCGGUGACCAGGACAACUGGCUCCGCACCAACUGGGUGUACCGCGGCGAGGCCGAGCGGAUCUUCAUCGAGCUCAAGUUCACGGUGCGGGACUGCAACAGCUUCCCUGGGGGCGCCAGCUCCUGCAAGGAGACCUUCAACCUCUACUAUGCCGAGUCGGACGUGGACUACGGCACCAACUUCCAGAAGCGCCAGUUCACCAAGAUCGACACGAUCGCGCCCGACGAGAUCACGGUCAGCAGCGACUUCGAGGCGCGCCACGUGAAGCUGAACGUGGAGGAGCGCUCUGUGGGGCCGCUCACCCGCAAGGGCUUCUACCUGGCCUUCCAGGACAUCGGCGCCUGCGUGGCCCUGCUCUCCGUCCGCGUGUACUACAAGAAGUGCCCUGAGCUGCUGCAGGGCCUGGCCCGCUUCUCCGAGACCAUCGCGGGCUCCGACGCGCCCUCCCUGGCCACGGUGGCCGGCACUUGCGUGGAGCACGCGGUGGUGCCACCGGGGGGCGACGAGCCCCGCAUGCACUGCGCGGUGGAUGGCGAGUGGCUGGUGCCCAUCGGUCAGUGCCUGUGCGAGGCCGGCUAUGAGAAAGUGGAGGACGCCUGCCAGGCCUGCUCGCCGGGAUUCUUCAAGUCCGAGGCAUCUGAGAGCCCCUGUUUGGAGUGCCCCGUGCACACGGUGCUGGCCCCUGAGGGCGCCACAUUCUGUGAGUGUGAGGAAGGCUACUUCCGGGCCCCGCAGGACCUGCCGUCCAUGCCCUGCACUCGCCCACCCUCUGCCCCGCACUACCUCACGGCCGUGGGCAUGGGCGCCAAAGUGGAGCUGCGCUGGACACCCCCCCAGGACAGCGGGGGCCGGGACGACCUCAUCUACAGCGUCACCUGCGAGCAGUGCUGGCCCGAGUCGGGCGAGUGCGGGCCCUGCGAGGCCAGCGUGCGGUACUCGGAGCCGCCGCACGCGCUGACCCGCACCAGCGUGACCGUCAGUGACCUCGAGCCGCACAUGAACUACACCUUCGCGGUGGAGGCCCGCAAUGGGGUCUCGGGCCUGGUGGCCAGCCGCAGCUUCCGCACCGCCAGCGUCAGCAUCAACCAGACAGAGCCCCCCAAGGUGAAGCUGGAGGACCGCAGCACCACCUCGCUGAGCGUGUCCUGGAGCAUCCCCCCGCCGCAGCAGAGCCGCGUGUGGAAGUAUGAGGUCACCUACCGCAAAAAGGGGGACUCCAACAGUUACAACGUGCGCCGCACCGAGGGCUUCUCCGUGACCCUGGAUGACCUGGCUCCAGACACCGUCUACCUGGUCCAGGUGCAGGCGCUGACACAGGAGGGGCAGGGAGCCGGCAGCAAGGUUCAUGAGUUCCAGACGUUGUCCACGGAAGGAUCUGGCAACAUGGCGGUGAUUGGCGGCGUGGCCGUUGGCGUGGUCUUGCUUCUGGUGCUGGCGGGAAUCGGCUUCUUCAUCCAUCGCAGGAGGAGGAGCUUGCGGACCCGCCAGUCCUCAGAGGAUGUUUACUUCUCCAAGUCAGAACAACUGAAGCCCUUAAAGACCUACGUGGACCCCCACACGUACGAGGACCCCAACCAGGCAGUACUCAAGUUCACCACCGAGAUCCAUCCCUCCUGUGUCACGAGGCAGAAGGUCAUUGGAGCAGGAGAGUUUGGGGAGGUGUAUAAGGGGACGCUGAAGGCUUCGGGGAAGAAGGAGGUGCCCGUGGCCAUCAAGACGCUGAAAGCCGGCUACACAGAGAAGCAGCGGGUGGACUUCCUCAGCGAGGCCAGCAUCAUGGGCCAGUUUAGCCACCACAACAUCAUCCGCCUGGAGGGCGUCGUCUCCAAAUACAAGCCCAUGAUGAUCAUCACUGAGUACAUGGAGAAUGGGGCCUUGGACAAGUUCCUUCGGGAGAAGGAUGGCGAGUUCAGCGUGCUGCAGCUGGUGGGCAUGCUGCGGGGAAUCGCGGCCGGCAUGAAGUACCUGGCCAACAUGAACUACGUCCACCGUGACCUGGCCGCCCGUAACAUCCUGGUCAACAGCAACCUGGUCUGCAAGGUGUCCGACUUCGGCCUGUCCCGCGUGCUGGAGGACGACCCCGAGGCCACCUACACCACCAGUGGUGGCAAGAUUCCGAUCCGCUGGACGGCCCCAGAGGCCAUUUCCUACCGCAAGUUCACCUCCGCCAGCGACGUGUGGAGCUACGGCAUCGUCAUGUGGGAGGUGAUGACCUACGGCGAGCGGCCCUACUGGGAGCUGUCGAACCAUGAGGUGAUGAAAGCCAUCAACGACGGCUUCCGGCUACCCACGCCCAUGGACUGCCCCUCCGCCAUCUACCAGCUCAUGAUGCAGUGCUGGCAGCAGGAACGCGCCCGCCGCCCCAAGUUCGCCGACAUCGUCAGCAUCCUCGACAAGCUCAUCCGGGCUCCCGACUCCCUCAAGACCCUGGCUGACUUUGACCCCCGGGUGUCCAUCCGGCUUCCCAGCACCAGCGGCUCCGAGGGGGUGCCCUUCCGCACGGUGUCCGAGUGGCUCGAGUCCAUCAGGAUGCAACAGUACACAGAGCACUUCCUGGCGGCGGGCUACACGGCCAUCGAGAAGGUGGUGCAGAUGACCAACGACGACAUCAAGAAGAUUGGGGUGCGGCUGCCCGGCCACCAGAAACGCAUCGCCUACAGCCUGCUGGGACUCAAGGACCAGGUGAACACAGUGGGGAUCCCCAUCUGAGCCCCGGCAGGCCACGAAC